AUAUUCUGACACAGGCCAAUCGCCCCCCUCUCCAGUCACCUGAUUCUGAUACUGCCAUUUUGCGCGGAGCGUCCGACUGUUAACUAUAGGAAAUUGGAAUUGUUGCUUCAUCAAAGAUGUCAUCGACGAGAUGCUGAAUUUCCACGUCUAGGAGGACCUCCGCUCCAUCUGGGAUAUCCGUCUGAAUAUUCCCCCUGUCCGUGGCGCAUGCAUUCAUUCACGUUGACGCGCUGAAGGAAUUUGGAAAAUGAUGCUCGGUAUCAAAUUCCGUGAUGCACCGACUCCGCGCAUGCAAUGAAUCAAGGCGAGAUUUUCCGCGGCUAGAAUUAUCGAUUUCACUCCAAUCGAACCGGGUUCGCUCCGUUUUCGUCCGUUCAAGCAGCAAUUACAUGGUUAACCGGCAACACCGGAGGCUAGCGAGUAACACGGUGUCCCUUUUCUUUUGCGCGUGCUGAACGGUAGGCCUAUUUAAAUAACGAUCUGUCAUUAUAUUGCCAUCGUUUCAGCGCGCGGUGAUUGCCGUUAUCUGAAUGUCAGAGCAUCCUCGCCCGUGUCCGGUUCGCAUCAGGGUAGCGCUCUCCGCAAGACCGACUCAAGCCACGGAGCAGGCUCCCACACACCCCUGCAGUGAAUAGAUCUGUUUUGAGAGACGAUUUAUUGAAAAUCGUAAUAUGUCGGGACAGUCCAUCACGGACCGGAUCGCCGCGGCUCAGCACAGCAUGACCGGAUCUGCGAUCAGCAAAGCCGUGUGCAAGGCCACGACGCACGAAGUCAGCGCGCCCAAGAAGAAGCACCUUGAUUAUCUAAUGCACUGCACCAAUGAUGUGAACGUGAAUAUACCUCACUUGGCUGACACAUUGUUUGAGAGGACAGCAAAUCAAAGCUGGGUGGUGGUCUUUAAAGCUCUCAUAACUACACACCACCUCAUGAUGUACGGCAAUGAGAGGUUUAUCCAGUACCUUGCAUCAAGAAGCACACUCUUUAACUUGAAUAAUUUCGUAGAUAAAGGCGCAUUACAAGGUUAUGAUAUGUCCAUCUACAUUAGACGCUACAGCAGGUAUCUGACCGAAAGGGCUCUGUCCUACAGACUCGUCGCAGCUGAUUUCACCAAGAUGAAGAGAGGGACUGAUGGAGUGAUGCGCACCAUGAGCAUAGAGAAGCUGAUGAAGACUCUACCUAUCACUCAGAAUCAGCUCGAUGCCCUUUUGGACUUUGAGGCCAGCUCUACUGAACUGACCAAUGGAGUGAUCAAUUGUGCCUUCACGCUGCUCUUCAAGGACUCGAUCCGCAUCUUUGCUGCUUACAAUGAGGGAGUCAUUAAUCUGCUAGAGAAAUAUUUUAAUAUGAAGAAGAAUCAGUGCAAAGAGGCGCUGGAAAUAUACAAGAGGUUUCUCGUCAGGAUGACCAAGCUCUCCGAGUUUCUCAAGGUGGCCGAGCAAGUUGGAAUUGAUCAGGUUGACAUCCCAGAUCUCUCACAGACUUUUAGGAUAGGGGCCUCAAGAAACUUACUCCAUACCCGCGCACUCCCAAGGAAUCAGAUGUGCUGUUUUGCAUUUUCUGUUGUCGCCAGAGGCUCCCAGCAGUCUCUUAGAAGCUCUCGAACAACAUCUGGCUUCUCUGGAGGGAAAGAAAAUGAAAGACGCCUCUACUGUCAGCAGGUACUUGAAUUCAUCAUGGGAUUCGCUGUACGGGUCAAUGACAAAUAUGUCGGGAUGAUGAAGAUGAUAAAAAAGGAGCACUUUCCUUUUACUGCAUUUAAAGUCCGCUCUGACCUGGAGAAUCAUAUUUUAUAUGUUUAAUUUUUUUUGGAUGUU